AUGGGGUGUCAAGUAUGUACCGGUAGUAUGGAUGUUUUUGCAAGAUAUGAUUGCAACCAUCGAAUAUGCAUGGUUUGUUCCAUGAGGCUUGUGUUUCUGUACAUGCAGCCCACAUGUCCCCUAUGUAGAAAGCCUGCAGAAGAAAUUAUCUUUUCUACACUUUCAUUGGGUUGUGAAAGAGCUUCCAAGCAGCUGUGGAAAGGUCGGAGGGCUGCGUCGACUGUUUUUUAUGAGGGAGAAUGUGUGAAGAAGAUGAUGGAGGAUCUCUUGUCCAACAAAUGUCAAAAGUGCCACAACAAAUUUGGGACUUUAAAAGAGCUCAGUAAACACUAUAGUUGUCAUGGAGUUAUUCUUUGUCUUGAAUGCAUCAAGAACAGAAAGGAUUUUUGGAAUGAAAUCAAGCUUUAUAGAAGCGACACGAUCAAGGAUCACAAGAAUGGGAGUCUCCAAGAAGAAGGAUUUGAUGGCCAUGUGCUAUGCGUUCACUGCAAAAUCUAUCUAUUUGAUUCUGAUGAUGCAAAGCAGCAUUGCAAUCUCAAACAUGAGCUAUGCCAUGUUUGUGACAUGAUGGGAACGAAAUAUCAAUAUUACAGUGGCUUCAAAGAUCUGGAGGCACAUUAUAGAAAUGCUCAUUACUGCUGUACUUUCCAGACUUGUCAGGUAAACAAAUGCUAUGUGUUUCCGUACCAAACUGAACUCUUUGAGCACUUGAACAGGUUUCACAAAGUCUGUACUAAGCUAUCGGAGAUUCCAAGAUAUGGGAAAUGCAACAUUCCCGUGAUGGAUCCAUUUAAGAAGAAAAAAACAUUGGCUAGAGUAAGUGUUAUGGAUCCAAGUGGAGGAGAGGUUAGGGUUUCCUCAUUCGUUAAGGCUAGUAUUCCUCAAAGCAAGGCUUUACCAAGCACUGGGACAGAGAUUCCAAAAUACCUUGAUAAAAACAUUCUUGAGGAGGAGAAGAAGAGACAAAACAGACGCAAGGCUGUCAUAAAUCGUAUGUGUAAGGCAGAAGCUGACGGGGUUGAAGAGAUUAUAAACGAAUUUUUAGAAGGUUUUAUGGAUGUGAUGGAAGCCUUCAAUAAAAUAUCCGAGAUGGUUGGAGAUGCAAUAACUCUCAAGUUGUUUGAAACCAUUCACUUUGGAGCUAAGCAAGGAACAAUAGAAAAUAAUAUAAGGGCUUUGAGAAAGAAAGUUAUGUUUCCAAAGUUUAUUCCAUCUAAGCCUGUAAUAUAUGGAGAACCUGAGGAGAGAAGGAGCCCUGGUUUUACAGUCAUAGACUUGCACAAGAAGAAACAAUAA